GGGAGAGAGGGAGAGAGAGAGGGAGAGAGUCAGAGAAAGACUGGAGAGACGCUGGAGUCAGCAGCAGCAUCAGCAGCAGCAGCAGCAACCUGUACCCACAGAGCAGGAGCGCACUCACUGAGCGACACACAGCACUUGAACAAAGAACUGACAAACUUAUUUCACGCAUAAACUCUGAGUAAGAAAAGUAACUAUAGGGAUGGAAAUUGUGUUUUCGUUUUGACACACGCACGUUGGCCUCUUCUUUUAUAUAAGACCUGUGGACGAUGCGCUUCUGACUUGGAUUUACGCGCGGUGAUAAAGGGCGAUUCUGCGCACUUGGAAAAAUUAUGUAAGGUUGUCCAGGCGUCUCAGGCUGCAGCUUCACUCUCAUACGCAGCCAUGAAGUCUGUGCUGGACGGUGUGGCCGACACCACCUUUCGGACUAUUACAUCUGGUUUACAGUUUCUGGGCUCCAACGAUGCUAGCUACGAGGGCCCUCUCAACGAUGUCAACUUCAAGGGCGGUUUCUCCAUGCAGAAACCUUUAUCUGCCUUUCGCAGCAACUCUUUCCCAGACAAAGUGCCCGGGGACGAGGAGCUCAUCCUAAAGAACAUCCCCUUCCCCACCAACGGCACAGACUUGUUCAGCAACAGGAGCACGUUCAGAGAUGAGAGCAACACCAUACAAUGUGGGGAGAACUUUAUGGACAUGGAGUGUUUCAUGAUCCUGACGCCCAGCCAGCAGCUGGCCGUGGCUGUUUUGUCUCUGACUCUGGGAACUUUCACCGUGCUGGAGAACGUGGUGGUGCUCUGCGUCAUCCUGCAGUCGCGGACUCUCCGCUGCAGACCGUCCUACCACUUCAUCGGCAGUCUGGCUGUGGCUGACCUGCUGGGGAGCGUUAUAUUCGUCUACAGCUUUCUGGACUUCCAUGUGUUUCAUCGGAAGGACAGCCCCAAUAUUUUCCUCUUCAAGUUGGGCGGAGUCACGGCAUCGUUCACCGCGUCUGUAGGGAGUCUUUUCCUCACCGCUAUCGACCGCUACAUCUCCAUACACCGGCCUCUCGCCUACAGGCGUAUUGUGACACGGACCAAGGCUGUCAUUGCCUUUUGCAUGAUGUGGAGCAUCUCCAUCAUCAUAGCAGUGCUACCUCUGCUGGGCUGGAAUUGUAAGCGCCUCAACUCUGUUUGCUCAGACAUCUUCCCUCUGAUUGACGAGAACUACCUGUUGUUCUGGAUCGGCAUAACCAGUGUCCUCGUUCUUUUCAUCAUCUAUGCCUACAUUUACAUCCUGUGGAAAGCACACCACCACGCUGUGCGAAUGCUGAGCCGCACCUCCCAGAAGAGCCUUGUCGUCUACUCCGCAGACGGGACUAAAGUGCAGACGGCGCGCCCGGAGCAGACUCGCAUGGACAUCCGUCUGGCCAAGACCCUGGUGCUUAUCCUGGUGGUGCUGGUCAUCUGCUGGGGCCCAGUGCUCGCCAUCAUGGUCUACGACCUCUUCUGGAGGAUGGAUAAUGACAUCAAGACGGUGUUCGCAUUCUGCAGCAUGCUCUGCCUCCUCAACUCCACCGUUAACCCCAUCAUCUACGCCUUGAGGAGCAAAGACCUGCGGCAUGCUUUCCUCAGCUCCUGCCAUGCCUGCAGGGGAAGCGCGCAGCAGUUGGACAAUAGCCUCGAGUCGGACUGCCAGAACAGGAACGCCAACAUUUCUGCCAACAGGGCUGCAGAGAGCUGCGUGAAGACCACUGUGAAAAUAGCCAAAGUAACCAUAUCUGUGUCCACUGAAACUUCAGCAGAGGCCGUCUAAUUGGCUAUCACAAGGGAAACUGUGUAAAUGUUAUCCUCCCGAGAAAAAAGAAAAAAAAAAUGCCAUUCAACACAAUAAAGCAGCUGUUAGAUAUUCCAGAGCGAAAAAAUAAAAAAUCCUCUCCUGAAAGUACACCCUCACAUAGACGCUUCAGUGGUUGCAUUAUUUUAGGUCAGUGUGUGAGUACGUGGUGUGCCAAAGUGCCAAACGGUAUCACAAGUUCAGAGAAGGGACUCAUAUUCUGCAAGGAUUAUGACAGACGAUCAUAAGUCUGCGGUUAACCAUAGACUUCAUGAUAUCCAGUUAGUGAAGGGCAUAUUAUAUUUUUGUACUGUGAAUUCAGGUUUUGAAAACAAUAUACUGUAUCUUAAUUUACGGGAUAAGGGGCUACUGAUGUUCUAAGUUCGAGAUGUUUUCAUGUGUCAUUUAGACUCUUAACGUGUCGCACACCAUACCUAUAACAAUUAGCAUCUUGACUUUGUACAUCUACGUGUUGCACAUAGGCAUUUCUAUGAGCAGAGAGCUCUAAUGACUCUGAGUGUGUAUUUCCAAAAUUGCCAUUAAACAUGGCUACUUUCUUUUUAUACUUCUUUUGACAACACUCAUUGAGGGGCACAUGUAGGAAUAGAUUUUGAGGGGUACAAAUGAGAGGCCAUUCAUACUCAAAGCAACCAAAACAUUUGUCACCAUCACAAAUAAACUUUAAUCAGAUGGCGGUAAAGUGAUUCACAAGUUUUUGAGUUUGUCCAAUCUGAAAUGGCUUUUUUUUCUGUGACGUCCAUUUCUUUCCUUCGCUGGCUGUUUGACCUUUAAAGUAACGUGUCUUUGUUCAAAUGCAAACCUAACAAAUGUACAGUGUUUUCUUGCUAAAUAAAAUGUUCAAAUAGACUUGUUCAUGUAAAAAAAAAAACAAUAACAGCCUUGAAAUCAUCAAAACGGAAGUUGAAUGCAGUGUGCUGGACACGCUGUGGCAAACUGAAAAUGUUUCUGACUAAAGCUGCUUUCAUGAAAUGUAGGGUUUUCUGGAUUCGGCCUUGUAUGUGUGUGAUACCUUGUGACUUGGCCUUUUUGAAUCAUUGCAGUGAGUUGUUAUAGUGCUACUGUUGCAGCAGGGGCCUCAUUUGGGAAAAUAAAAGCAACCCAUGCACAGGCCUAGUGAAGUAUUUCUGGUGUGACUCUAAAUACAAAUAUGUCUGCUGUUCAUUUCUUUUCUUAUCUAAACAAAGAAAAAUGGGUCUUUUCAUUAGCGGGUACCUUGAAUGGCAGUCUGUGUAUGCAUUGUGUGGAGAAUCAACAAACUGAGCUUACAAAAAAAAACAACUAAGAAGAAGGUGUGAUUUCUCUUACAAUACUUUGAAUCUAGAAAUCUCACAGCACAAUUGUUCUAUAGACAUUUAUCUUGGUGUAACGUUAUCCAGACAAGCUGUUUAUCAGUAUGCUUUGCUGCCUCUCGUAUUAUUGAGUAUUAAAGAUCAAUAUGUCAACUGUCAAGUGGCUUCUGUACAGUGUUGGCAUAAUGACGACUUAAAAAUCACAAUCCGUCAAAUGUGUUUUUAGUAUUGCUGUUUUCAAACUUUUCAAUAAAGUCGCAGCUGGUUGUCAUCUUC